AUGCCACCUGCAGCAUCUCCGAAUAAGACAAGGACGCGCGCAUCGACGAGGAGAAGGAGCUCGCAGCCCCGUGCUGCCUCACAACAGCCGCCGCAGCCAGACGACGACCACGACGACCAAAAGGAAGCGCUUCAAGCCCCGCUCCAGACCAUUUCCGCCACCGCAGACGACAACGGUCAGCACGAGGAUGACCUCAAGUCCAUCAUUGCCGAGACGAAGACAAUCCUCGCAUCUCUGGGCCCGGCCAUCUCCUCGUCCCGGUCUCCUCAAAGGGAGCCGCUGACUGCCUUCGAGAUUGCGCCAGAGCACCUCUCGCUGCACACGAUCCGCGACCAGCUCCUCUCAAAGUCGGAUCGCAAGCGCUCCCUCUUUGGCGCCAACGGCGGCCCAGACGACCUCGAGAGCCCGUCCAAGCGGCGGCGCAGCAGCCUCUCCCAGAUUAUGGGCGAAGGCGACCUCGACAUCGACUGGGCCACCUACAAAGACUGGCCCGAGGGCGUCGUCGAAGAAGAGUCCAUGAUGCUCGACUACUUCCGCAAGCUCAAGUUCAUCUACCUCGAGCAGGAGACCAAGAUGCGCUUCCUCGCAGACGUACAGGACGACAUCGAGACGGGGACCGAGGCCACCGUCUACUCGGCCGCCGACGUCGCAGAAAGAGAACGAGUGGCAAAGAGCCUCAAGUCGCAGCUGGUCGAGGCAAAGUCGCUGGUGCGCUCACUCAGGGCCGAGGUGGAUGCGGCCGCCGAGCAGCUGGUGCAGCCGUGGCAGCAGGUCGAACAGGAGUCCAAGGAAGCCGAGCGGCUCAUCAAGGAGAUCGGCGACAUGGAGCUCGAGCUGGCCAAAAUUCGCGCCCAGAGCCACGGCAAGGGUAACAUCGCCGCCAUUGCCGGUCGAGAGGGUCCCUUGACGACCGCAGAGGCAGAGGAGGUGUGCGAUGCCCAGAUCCAGGAAAUGACGACGCUCGAGGAGCAGACGACCAAGGCGCAGCAGUCGAUCGAGACGACCAAAAAGCAGCUCGUGACGUCGCUCAAGUCGCUCGACCGUCUCAAUGCCGAGCGCUCGACGGCGGAAAAGUAUGCCGCCGAGGCCAAGCUGGGCAUGGGCCGCGAUGGCGGGCGGGAUCUCGAGACCGAACAGCUGUGCGCCACCCACACCGCCACCCUGGCCCUGCUGCGGUCGCUGCUGGGCAUCGAGCAGAUUGAGGCCGUCGACGCGGACCAGAUCAAGCUCGUCUACCGCGUCCCUGCAGCGGAGGAGGCGCCGAAGGGUGCCAAGGGUCCAAAGAGGCGGUCCAAGACGUCGACGUCGGGAGCCGAGGGGACAGUGACCAUUUUGCUCCGCUUCGAGGAGGUGGGAGGCCGAGUGGCUGGUGUCGAGAUCCGAACCGACAAGGACGAGGAGGUCGAGCUGAGCGAAGCGGCAGCGUCUCGACUGCGUGCGCUGCAGGAGGCCAACGACGUGCCGUUGAUGGUGCAAGAGGUGCUGAGCGCCUUUUGA